UCAGCCGUGACACCGGGAGUCUUGAACUGCUCGAGAAUGCAGCUGACAGCGAUAGCGACGGCGAGCGGCGAACUCGUUCAUCGUACGCCGUGAGGGUGGCCAGGUCCUAAGCUCUCGUGCUCGGUGCGUUCUCAGCGGGGUUGCGACACCCGACCCGAAUCUCUCCGGAGCCUCCGAUUCUGCCCGGAUUUCACCGACGUCUUCGCCUACCUUGGCGUCUCUGUUUCGAUUUUCGAAGCAUUGCUUGCCCGUAGGCACGUCGAAAAAAGAAAGAGAAAAAUGGUGUGGGGACUUUUCCCCGCGGAUUCACUCUCAGGUGAAGAGAAGUACUAUGUCUUCAGUAAGGGGACUUAUAAAGUGGGCCGAAAGGGUUGCGACAUAAUUAUCAACAAGGACAAAGGAGUUUCGAGGAUUCAUGCGGAGAUAACUGUUGCUGCAAUGACUAACACGAGUCCCUUGGCAAUCGAGUCUUCCGCCUCUUCUGCAAAGGUCCUGAUAAGAGAUUGCUCGAAAUAUGGUACUUUUAUCAACAAACAUCUUGGCUCCCCGGAAAAGGUUCAUGAGUUUCCUAACAAGGAAGCGACUUUAAAAGAUUGCGAUAUGGUUUCUUUUGGAACUGGCAAUGCAAUCUACAGGUUUUGUUUUGUCCCGCUUGUAUUUUAUGUCGUCUGCUCGGAAUCUCCCUCAUCAUUUCACUUUCUGGAAGAAAAAGUAUCAUCAAUCGGUGGUCUGGUAACUGAGAACUGUAGAGAUUGCACACAUGUCCUUGUUGAUCACUUCAUACAAGUUGAGGAAAGCCUUCUUGAUGCAGUUGUGGCUAAGAAACAUUUCGUGCUGAGUAGCUGGCUUGAGUAUCUUGCAGAAAAAAAGGUCCUGAAUGAGAUCCCUAGCUACACUUCCCACCUUCCAACAAUAGUAGCUGAAGGAGCAUCAGUCAAAGUCGCCGAACCUAAAACUCGUGAGACUUGUUUGGGGGGAUAUACUUUCUUAUUGGAACCAACGCAAAUGUAUAAGUUUGGAGAUAGACUGCAGAUGCUGUUGGGCGUAGCUGGUGCAAAGAUUAUUUCGGUGAAUGAAUUUCAUUUUUCUAGCCAAGCAUCGGAGUUUGAGAAUAAGCAAGUUGUGUAUGUUAUGCCUAGAAGAACUGUUGAUAGUCGCUCCAGCAAAGUCAGUUUAUUGUUUAGAGUUAAUGAACUGGAUUUGGUCUGCGCUGUUUUGUCUGGGCAUCUGGACACUUCCUCACUUAUAUCACCAGCUGUGAUUGUUUCGUCUUCCUGCUCUACGGACGAGACAGUGGUAGCUGACUCAGAGGCGGACGAUGAAACUGCUACGUCGAUGCAUGUUGCUUCCCCUGUUCAUCUAGAGAAACACGCUGUGCUUAACCAUUCAGGAAAAGCUUCCCCAAAUGGUGUUGUAGCUGACUCAGAAAAUGACGAUGCUGUGGGAAAUAAGUACAGCUGCGACGACAUUGUGGCUAAAUGUGACAGAACUGCCACAUCAAUGCAUCCAACUUCGCCUGUUCAUCUAGAAAAACCAACCAUGCCUAAAGAUUCAGGAAAGGCUUCCAGAAAUUGUGUUGUAGCUGUAUCAGAAGAUGACCAUGCUAUGCGCGAGUGCAUCAACAACAACAUUGUGAUCAAAAGUGACAGAACUGAUGAGUCUGCUGAAGGAUCUUCAGAUAUUAUCUAUAGCCAGGAUUUAAUAGUCAGGCGCACUACUUUACCUGCAAUAAGCUCUGUGGAUGGCUCUGGAGUAAACUUUAAAUGCUUUAGAAAGAAAAAUACUCCAUCGGGGAAUAGUUUUGACAAUCUUGUUCCAUUUUCAAAGUUUCCCUACAAGGAAUCAGACUACGGAAAUGAACAACUGGAGGAAUCAGUCAGGGAAGAAAAGAAGAGGAAACAGAUGGAAGCCAUGGCAGAAGACCUAUUUAAUAAUGAUAAGGGAAGAAAGCGUGGGGUUGCGGGUUCCCUUCGCAGGCUUCUUACGCAUAGUUGACCUGGGUAAAUAUUGCUGAUGCUAUUUCUAAGGACAUUGUGAAAGUUAAGGAAAACACUUGAGAAAUAUUAAGCACUAGGUUCAUGUCGGUCGUCAUGGCUUGUAAUUUUGAGUCAUGUUUCAGACGCGAAUGUUUUACGUGUUUCAAACACCCACAUAGGCAUGGAUAUAUGCAGUUGUAGACACAAACAAUUAACUCGAUGUUUGACUAUGUCAGGCUGGGAGAACAGUCGCUGCUCACGCAACUUUUGUACUGCUUGAAGUCGGAGCUUCCUCUCUGCAUACGAGCGAUUUUGGUUGACAAUGGGAAAGUUGGCUCUGAAUCGACAUUGGAGAUGUGGAAACCAUUCUUGCCACACCAUUUGAUCCUUCAAGCUUGGAAACCACCUCCAGUUAAAGGAACUUCUCAGUCAUGGAUGAACGGACUAGCUCUCAGUUUUGGAGGGCUUGGAGGCAUCCCUUCCAUCAUUCGAGACCUCCGUCACAUGAGCCGUUGCGUUCUUUUCUGCGUUAUGCAUUUUCUCGAUGUAAAGUCCGGUGAAUAUCUAUCUAUCUAUACGGAUCUGUUGCCUCGGGAACCUAGGCGACUGAGCUCUUGUUGCUGCUUCGUCACAUUGGCCACUGCUUUUGCACUCAUAAAUUAUCUCCGGUGGCAAGAGUCAAAUAUAGCCCUUUGCCCAGUUGACUAGCAGGAUUCUCUUCCUUCCUUUUUGUUUUUGUGAAAGUAUAAAUACCAAAUAUUUGACUCU